CUCCACCAUGCUCACAACGGAGUCGUACUUCGCUACCCCGCAGAAGGAAGCGAGUCCACGUCUAAGAUAACUAUCUGCACUGCCUCGCUGCACGUCAAGGGUGGUGCGGACUUCGCGCGCAUUGAGGGCUCAGAGGGGACGAUCACUAUCUACGGACUUGGACCCAGCGUGCCUGUAAGGUUUCGAGUAAGAAGACUGCCAAAGAGGGGGGAGAUGAGGGAAGAGAAGAGAUGUUUAAGUUUAGGCAGCCGGAGAGGAUGUUGGAGUUCUUUUAUGAGGCGGAUGCGGUGGCAGUGGAUAUCGCACAGGGGAGGGGGGAGAAUGGGGUUAUGCCGUUGGGGCAGACGGUGAGAAUGUUGGGGUUUAUGGAUGCGGUGAGGAGGGACGCAGGGUUGGUGUAUCCUCAAGAUGGGUGAUGUU